AUGACAGUCUGGCUUGGCAGAGCGGCUCGGAAGGUCUUGAGAGUCGGCGAGCUGUGCAAUGUGGGCAUAUUUGCUGAUAUCCACGGCCUCCCGAGACGCUCCAUCCCGACACGUCAUAGCCUCAUGGUUUUGCUCGACGACAUCUCCACAGAUAUGGUCCUCAGCAGGGGCGGCAUGGGCGCAGGCAUGCUGAUUUUCCGGGCCGUUGCCCCAAGUCUUCCCUCUAUUCCACCCUCUGCCGACCUUGACAAGGUCCCAGGCCAGAAUGAUCCAGCCCUGUCUCCUCAUCAGGAUACGAGCGCGCCUCAGCCACCCCUUCUCCACAGUGAAGAAACCAUUGGUACGGGCCUCGGCCCAAUACGGGAUGGGAGCGUACCUCGAUCACCGCUCCUUGAUGACGAUGAAGUUGUUGACUCCGACCUCGACAUCGUUCAACAGACACGGCAGUUCUCAUCACCCCUUUGCGAUGAGGCCGUUGGCCUCGGCCUCGGCGAAAACAAGACGGACCGCCACGAGACCCCGCCGGUGGCCCAGCCACCCUCGGUCUCGAGCGAUUCGGAUGUAGAGCUCAUCAGAGACCAGACCGUCCCCCAAGGGCUCAGGCGGAAGCCAGGAUGA